CGGCAUAAUGUUAUAGUCGUCUUAGAGCCUAAGUGUCAUAUAAUUUGUAUCGGGAUAGUUCUGAUAAAACAAGAGUUGCAGCCCUGUCCUCUAACCAUACUCCCUCCGUAAAUGCCCAUGUAUUGACAGCGGACGGUAAUUCUGAAACGUUUACAAAUUCACUAUUAGCUAACCAAUUAUGACAAGUAAAUGAAACUCGGCAUGUUCAUAGAGUCGUCUUAGCGGCUAAUUAGAGUAUGGUUUUUUUUUUCUUUUUUCCAGGAUACCUACAUUAUAUUGAGAGCCACAGAGCAUUUGCGAGAAAGUUUGCUUUGCAGAGGGUAGCCAUUUUUCCAGAGGGUAGCCAUAGACAUCUUCGCUGUAAAAAAAAAAAAAAGACUAAAGAAAUGAAGCACGAAGGUGGUGCUCCAGGCGCUCUGUGCCGCCGCACGCCAUACAUGGCGCGCCACUUGUUCCGUUAAAAGCAGCAGCGCACGAACAUGACCUUAGUCCCACGUAAGGAAAAACCUCGGCCCCAAACGAUACUGGCGUAAUAGGAACAGAGCUGCACACGUUUCACCUCUACCAUUCCUAACACAGCGUCAUGCCUCGCCGUGCCUGCGGUGCUUCGCGCAUUGGCAUUCAAACACAUCGAAGAACGCGCUGCGCAGCGUUCGUGUCGGCGCGGGCGUUCAGGCGCACGAAAGACGCCGACCCACCGGGACGCACCUCGCGUCUCUCUCACGUGUAGCCGCACCGGCGCUGGCCAGUUUUCAGACGCCGUGCUUCGCCGAGCGGAGAAGUCGCCCUGGAAGCGCCGUCUUUUCACCCCCGACGUUUUCAGCGAAGCACGUGGAAGCCGCACAGCGCCGAAGCGACUCGAGCGAGCGAUAUACUAAAGAUGGACCCCGUGAAAAAGGAAGCGGCUGCCACAGCGUCGUCGCGCGCUCCCGGAGACGCGAGUGUGAGUCAGGCCGCGCGCAGCGCCGACAUCAAGCCGCUGGUGCACUACGCCCGAAAGCGCCUGCAAAAUAAUAAACGCUGGCAGAACUGGUGGUCUUGGAUGAGCGAACAGAAGCGCCGCUUGAAGCAGCAGAAGCCGCAGCAGAAGCCGGCCGGCGAGACCCAAUGCAGCGUCUGCGAAAAGCCCACGGCCACCAGGAGCGAAGAGGUGCACCACGCGAUGGACCACGCGUUCGAGCUCUCCUACCGCUGCGAGGAGUGCCACAGGAAGUUCGCGCGGAAGUUCGAGCUCGAGUGGCACCUGCGCCAGCACACGGGCGUGCGCCCCCUGCCGUGCGGCCUGUGCCCCGCGGAGUUCCUCAACGGGCGCCUGCUGACCGCGCACCACACCAGGCACCACGGGCUGCGCUCCAAGUGGCACCGCUUCAAGACCAACUGAGCCGAACGCCUAGGCCUUUCUUUUGGGAGCGAACUGCGCUGAACGCGGCACGCUGAACGGGAGGACGUUAAUGGACACCGCGCAGCUUCGUCGCGACGUGCUAUGUCCCCUUAGCUAUAUAGUACAGGCAAUCGACGUCCUCGUAAUGCACUCGGUACUGGCUCCUGCAUUUGAAAAGGUUGCUUGCACUUGAGUGCGGCUUUCGUCGUGACAGGCACCAUGAGAUGCAAGGAUAUGACGUCAUCGUAUUGUGUGCCCAGUGCUUAGCGCUGUUUGCUCUCAAAAGAUGCAUGACUAGCUCAGCAGGCCUGAUAACUUACUUGUUCUGCGUUUCUUGGCUUUGCCACAAGAAGAUACAACAUACGACUCGCGAAGCGUUUUAUUACGAUUCGUUUGAUAUGUACUCGAUUUCACAUUGUCGACUCAAGUUUGUUUCAAUAAAGUUGGAAAUGUUCCGAA